ACCUGGCAGGCUGGCGGAGCAGGCGGCGGCGAUGGGUCGGGCCGGCCGUGGGUGUUGCUCCGGGCUGCUGCUGCUGGCGAUGCUGGUAGUCCUGCCAAUGUGUCUAUCCUCCAUCCAGAUCUCCCCGCUUAUCAAGAAAAUCUCCGAACAUAAGGAUUUCAAGAAGCUUCUCAGGACUCGGAAUAAUGUAUUGGUGCUUUACUCCAAAUCUGCUGCUGCAGCUGAAAACCAUCUCAGGUUGUUGUCUAACGUGGCCAAGGCAGUGAAAGGACAAGGCACCAUCUCCUGGGUAGACUGUGGUGAUGCAGAGAGUCGGAAAUUGUGCAAGAAGAUGAAAGUUGACCCGAGCACAAAGGACAAAAAAGUGGAAUUACUUCACUACAAGGAUGGCGCGUUUCACACUGAAUAUAAUCGUGCAGUGACAUUUAAGUCCAUAGUGGCCUUUCUGAAGGAUCCAGAAGGGGCCCCACUUUGGGAAGAAGAUCCUGAAGCUAAAGAUGUUGUCCACAUUGACAGUGAAAAGGAAUUCAGACGGAUUGUGAAGAAGGAUGACAAACCUCUUCUGAUGAUGUUUUAUGCCCCUUGGUGUGCCAUGUGUAAGCGGAUGAUGCCAUCUUUCCAGCAGGCGGCCACAGAACUGAAAGGCACCCAUGUGCUGGCUGGGAUGAAUGUCUACUCCUCUGAAUUUGAACACAUCAAGGAAGAGUAUGAUGUCCGUGGCUACCCCACCAUCUGCUAUUUUGAGAAAGGGAAGUUUCUGUUCCAGUAUGAAAACUAUAGGUCCACAGCCAAGGACAUUGUGGAAUGGAUGAAGAAUCCACAAGCACCACAGCCCCAGGUCCCCGAGGCUGCCUGGGCAGAUGAGGGAAGCGUCGUUUAUCACCUGACAGAUGAAGACUUUGACAAGUUUGUGAAGGAGCACUCUUCUGUCCUCAUCAUGUUCCAUGCCCCAUGGUGCGGACAUUGUAAGAAGAUGAAGCCUGAGUUUGAGAGCGCAGCUGAGGUCCUCCAUGGAGCAGCUGAUAGUCCAGGUGUCCUUGCAGCCGUUGAUGCCACCGUCAACAAGGCUACCGCAGAACGAUAUCAGAUCUCAGGGUUCCCCACGCUGAAAUAUUUUAAAGAUGGAGAAGAAAAGUAUACCUUGCCACAGCUUAGAACAAAGAAGAAGAUUAUUGAGUGGUUGCAGAAUCCUGAGGCACCCCCACCCCCAGAGCCUGCCUGGGAAGAAAAGCAAACGAGCGUGCUGCACCUGACCGGAGCAGACUUUCGGGAAGCCCUGAAGAAAAAGAAGCACGCUCUUGUCAUGUUCUACGCACCCUGGUGUCCACACUGUAAAAAUACAAUCCCGAACUUCACUGCCACUGCCGAACUCUUCAAAGAUGACCGCAAGAUUGCCUGUGCUGCAGUUGACUGUGCCAAAGAUAAGAACCGGGAUCUGUGUAAGCAAGAAGGGGUUGAUGGCUACCCCACCUUCAACUACUACAACUAUGGGAAGAUAAUUGAAAAAUAUAAUGGAGAUCGGACGGAGUCAGGGUUUGUCUCUUUCGUUCGAACUCUCCGAGAGCGAGACCAUGAGCGACUUGGAAAGAAGAAAGAUGAAUUGUGAUUUCUGCCUCAAAAGAAGCUUUUCCACUACACUGUGAACGAUGCUGGCUCUGUUGUUCCUGAGUUUUCACACCUUCUGAAGACAAAGUUUUUUAUAGCCACCCGUGGCCAUUUUGUACAAUUUUAAAAUAAAGUUGAACCACUUGUUUGGGGA